AUGUCAAAACCACACCGGCCAAGAGGAAUACCAACCCCGAAUUCACGGUACCGAGUGCAAGUCCACGAAGAGCCAAAGCCCAAAAUCCCAGAUCCUAUAACAUACGAGGGUCCAUCCCUCUCCAAAAAACGAACACCCUUCAUCUCCCAUUUCUUCACGAACCUCCGCCAACGCCUCUCCGCCCUCCCAUACCCAGUCCGACGAGCAUGUAGGACUCUCAGCUGGGCGGUACCGAUGCUCCCGAUCGCGCUCUUCAUUCCAGAACACGUAAUGCAGGUGAUGUGGGUUCGCGGGCCGUCAAUGACACCAUACCUGAACGAGGAGUAUGAGCAGACGCACACGAAGAGCGAUAUGGUCAUGGUCAAUAUGUGGCCGUGGGGAUCUAUACUGCCGUUUAAGAAAGAGCGGAAGUUGGAGCGGGGGAUGAUUGUUACUUUCCGCUCCCCUGCAAACCCGUCUCAUAUCGCGAUCAAGCGCAUCGUCGGUCUACCAGGUGACCGCAUCACGACUCGCGAGCCGUGUCUGCGGAAAACGCAGAUUGUCCCCUGGAACCAUGUCUGGUUGGAGGGUGAUGCGGAGGAUCCGCGGAAGACGCUGGAUAGCAAUACGUACGGGCCUGUUAGUCUGAGUCUGAUUACGGGGCAGGUAUUUGCGGUGCUGGGACCGCGGAUGCGGUGGCUGAAUUGGACGGACUGGGACUCUGAUAAGGGGAAGGGGGAGUCUGCGUCGGAUGAUGCGGCGUAUAGACAGAGUGUGCGGGACCGUGUUCUGAAGGAUGCUGUUCAGCUCGAGCAGCCUUUUUUGAAUUGA